GAGGCGGAGGCAGAGGUGGAGGAAGCCGGAAGUGGAUCGGCCCGGGUCGGUCCGGGCGUUGCGGGUUUGGGGCCUGGGAUCGCUCGGCUCCCGGCAGCUGCGGCGCCCCUGACAGAACUGAGCGGCGCCAUACCGGCCCUGAGGCCUGCUGACCGGCAGGCUCAGCGCGCCCUGCGGAGGUCCGCGGCGAACAGCAGCGACCGCGGAGCGACGGCGGGCGGCCCCGGGCAUGUACGCCCCCGGAGGCGCAGGGCUGCCCGGCGGGCGCCGGCGGAGGAGCCCUGGAGGCAGCGCUCUGCCCAAGCAGCCGGAGCGUAGUCUGGCCUCGGCUCUGCCGGGUGCCCUGUCCAUCACGGCGCUGUGCACUGCCCUCGCGGAGCCUGCCUGGCUGCACAUCCACGGUGGCACCUGUUCUCGUCAGGAGCUGGGGGUCUCCGACGUGCUGGGCUACGUGCACCCGGACCUGCUGAAAGACUUCUGCAUGAAUCCCCAGACAGUACUGCUCCUGCGGGUCAUCGCCGCCUUCUGCUUCCUGGGCAUCCUGUGUAGUCUCUCUGCGUUCCUCCUAGAUGUCUUUGGGCCCAAGCAUCCAGCUCUGAAGAUCACCCGUCGCUAUGCCUUCGCCCACAUCCUUACAGUCCUGCAGUGCGCCACCGUCAUCGGCUUUUCCUACUGGGCUUCUGAACUCAUCCUGGCCCAGCAGCAGCAACAUAAGAAGUACCAUGGCUCCCAGGUCUAUGUCACCUUUGCUGUUAGUUUCUACCUGGUGGCAGGAGCCGGUGGAGCCUCGAUCCUGGCCACAGCAGCCAACCUCCUGCGCCACUACCCCACAGAGGAGGAGGAGCAGGCCCUAGAGCUGCUCUCCGAGAUGGAGGAGAACGAGCCCUACCCAGCAGAGUAUGAGGUUAUCAACCAAUUCCAGCCGCCCCCGGCCUACACACCCUAAUGCCGGCCGAGGGCUUUCUGCCACAGCAGCCCCUCCCCACUCUGCGGCGCUUCUCACCCCCAGAGGAGCUCCUGUCCCCAGCAGGCCUCACUGGUAGGAUCCUGACCAUUUCACCAAACCUUCCCAGGAGAGACUCUGCCUUUAAGGUUGUUCAUGUAUCCCUGCUCUCGAAACCUGGGAUUCGCAGAUUUUAUAUAAUGCACUGUUUCCCCUCUUGUCACCUUCCUGUCCCUUCGCGGUCACUAGUCAAUACCAACCAGGGAUGGUCAUACAACUUUUCUCCCUUCAUGGGCCGUAUCUUCGAAACUGGGACUUUCCUUGGGAUGCUGCUGACAGUGGACAGUCCCAGAUAGAAGUGUCAGCAGGUGCAAAGGGAAAGGGGGCUAUGCCCUGCAGGCUUACUUCAUGACAGUCCGUGUUUGUCCCACAGUUGUAACCCUGGACUGACCCCACCCCCCCAUUCCUUCUUGGAAGGCCCCAGUACCGGGUCGUCCACUCCACGGAAUUCUCUGCACUUUAGUCUUUGGACUUCCCAUUACGUGUGUUCUGGUUUUAUGGGAAGAAGGAAUUGCUGUCGGGAAGCAGAGCCACUGCUCUCCCCACCCUGCCCUUGCUUGGGUGACUGGAGCCCAGGCAAAGAGAGCAGCAGCUGGCGUGGGCCUGAGGCCCCCCUGGUGCCCAUAAAGGAUCAGAGUGAGGGGGGCCAAAUCUCCCUAGCCCCUUCACCUUUUAAAACGUGAGUGGUUUUAGAAGGAUCAAGCAAAACAACCAACAGCAACAAUAUUGUUUUUAAACUAGCGACAAGACUGUUGUCGUUUUUUCAGACACGUAUCCCAUUCCUUUUGGCUCCACAGUGUUUGGGGCCACCACUCCUCCCAGGUAGGUCCUCCCUGAACCUCUCCCAGCAGAAUGCAGCCUCUUCCCUUGCUCCCUCCCCUGCAGUGACCCGGCUCCCUGGGCCCUUCCUGUGGAACCCAGAGCCCUGGCAGCCCCCGAGGGGCUGAGGACUGUGGCCUGGCUGGCCGGCCAGCGUGGUGCUCCUCAGGACUGUGGCACUGAGAUGUAACCUGGCCUCCGUACAGGAACAGGGGCCACAGUAGGGCAGGAAACCCGCCACUCUCCACAUAGGAACCGCCACCAGUGGGGUCCCAUCGCGUGAGGUGUCAACACCACCCUGUCGGACUAACGGACCUGGCUGUGUUCUUCAGGCUCAGUGUGUCCCCUGGACUGUGACUUGGGGCAACGGCUUGCUGCAUGCCCCUCUUCUCUUCUCGAAUGUACUCUGUCUGGUCUAGGAGUGUGCCGCUGGCUCUUCCUUGCCCAGCCAUCACUCUGGCUAUCCUGUUUGCCACACAUAGCUUUGGGUCUGGCUGGAAACUCUGCCCUGAGAUCUGGGGCACAAGUGGGAGAAACAUGAGAGAUCUUCAGCGUGGAUCCAGAUGGCUGGGCUUCUUUGGAAUCAGUGUCCAAUGCCGAGCUGAAAAGCAGAUUGGAUCCCAAUUUCCUUUCACGGGCAACAGACCGAACAAGACCGGAGAAUGGAUACCACUGUUGAGUUGGGGCUAGAAAGGGACUGUCUUGUAUCUCAUCCUUCUUCAGCCUGUCGUCCUGGGGACAUCUGGACAGAUGCCUGCGUGGGAGGUGAAGACCAUGUCUGUGCACGAGUGAGCGGCUGCCUGGAGUUCACUGUGAUGCCAGCGUGUGUCCCAUGGUGACUCUCACACUCUUCCAGACUUUUCGGCAAGAAAGACCGCAGUAUGAUACCUGAGCACAAAGCCAAGGAGCUAAAUUAAGUCUUACGUCUGUCUGUAAAGUCCGAGUUUGCCUUUGGCAGAUCUCCAGGGUGUGGCCAGCUCUCUCAGACCGUGGGUGUCCAAGCAGGCAGACCAAGAGACCGGGCACCAAACACGCAUGCCAAAGUGACCAGUCAUCUCAUGAGGACCCAGACAUGACCCUGUGGACCGUUCCAUGUGAUUUGGAACCCACUUUUUAUUAGCUCCCCAUACCUCUGGACUUUCUCUUUUUCCCUGCCAUCCUGACACUGAUAGUUUGUCAUAUAUAUCCCCCUGGUUGUGUUUUUUUUUUUUUCUAGAAAAAAAAAAUUAAAAAGCAAAACAAAACAAACUACAAAUAAGAAUGUAAAAUGCCAGUGGCUCCCUGUCAUUUUUCUGUUGCAGUUUCCCUGAUUUGGUUUGUUCCCUUCCUCUUAGAGAAGCAGGAGAAAUUGAUGAAGUGUGUAAUCAAAUAAAAAGAAAAGAAGGGACUUGCAUGUGCUUACUCCAUGCAAGGCAUUUUCACCCCUAAGACCCCCCCCCCCCCCCCAAUCCUGAGACCUUCCACACCAGGGUCCCAAGGGUAGGAGCAAUAGACACCUCCAGCCCGGUCCCUGUCUUCAGACCCUGAGCUCUUCUCUGCAGCUGCUGGUUAGCUGCAGAAGAGAAAGCUGCGUCUGAACCCCAGCCAUGAUGCGGAGAGAAAUAGACUUCUUUAGAGCUAGGACUUGGAGAAGUUGCUGCACUUCCUUUUGAAACCACAGGGAAUGAUUACUUACUUACAGGGAGAGGCAUGCAAGUGGAGACAGUUCCAGGAGUGUAACUUGUAGAAGGAUCCUGCCUUUAGUGUCCACGCCUCAUAUGGCUACCCAUCUUCCCUUCGUUCAGCCGACACACUAGGCCAAAUGUAUAUCAUGGCAGAAUGGUUUAGGGCUCCCUUUGAGGAGCAGCCUGUUUAGGUGUUCUUUUUUUUUUCCCCCCCCUUUGGAAGAAUACACAUCUUUCCUGAAAGCUA